CAAAUGCAAACCUGAUGCACAGUGUAUCGCACGUGGAGAACAGAAUUUAUUUUGUGUUAUUAAGCAAGUCGCAAUAACAAACAUGGAGGUGGAAAACAUACAAACCGAUGUCUUUGUGGCCCCAAAGAAAGCACAAAAACGUAGCGCCAACACAGACGAUGUCGAAAUGACUGUCGUGGACGCCGCCACUGGCAUCGAGGGCGCUAAGAAACGCACUGGAACUGGCGCAAAACGCAUCCGCAGCGAAUUGCGCAAAGUGUCGGUGCCGCCGCACAGAUAUUCAUCGCUCAAGGAACAAUGGAUGAAGAUCUUCACGCCCGUGGUGGAACACAUGAAACUGCAGAUACGCUUCAACAUGAAGGCACGUCAAGUGGAGCUGCGCAUUGGCCCCGAGACUCCCGAUAUUUCCAAUCUGCAGAAGGGCGCCGACUUUGUCAAGGCCUUCCUCUGCGGCUUCGAGGUGGACGAUGCACUGGCCCUGCUGCGACUCGAGGAUCUGUUUGUCGAGACGUUCGAGAUUAAGGAUGUGAAGACGCUGCGCGGUGAUCAUCAGUCGCGUGCCAUUGGCCGCUUGGCUGGCAAGGGAGGACGCAUCAAGUUCACCAUCGAGAAUGUGACCAAGACCCGCAUUGUGCUCGCGGACAGCAAAAUCCACAUACUAGGCAGCUAUCAGAACAUUCAGCUCGCCCGUCGCGCCAUCUGCAACCUGAUCCUUGGCUCCCCGCCCAGCAAAGUCUAUGGCAAUCUGCGUGCAGUCGCAACGCGUCUCUCCGAGCGCAUGUAGGAGCCGGAGAUAUUCGGGGCUGUGAUCAGGAUCCUGGGGGGACGUCACUAUCUUAUGUUACAUUUAAGUUUAGUUCUUUUUUUUGCACUUGUACUAAAUAUUAACUUAAAUAAAUCAAUC